UAUGGAUAAAUUAGUUAAUUUAGUGAAAAAAUAUCAUUCGGGACAUCCUAGGCAAGUAAAUCUAUCAUUACAUAAUGAAAAAUUAAUAUUCUCACCUGAAAAUAUAAAUAUUCUACCAAAAUAUCGAAUAAUUAAGAAUCUAGUAACGACAAACAAUGACAAACAGGAAACAAAUGUUGAAUUUUCCUUUCUAUUUGAUCUAUGUGGAAAAGAUUUUAAAAAAGUUUUGAUAAAAGGUGUAAGAGGAAUUGGAAAAUCUUUUCAAAUCAAAAAAUUACUCUCAAUUUGGGCUAAUAAUGAAAGAAACUUCUCUCCAGUUAAUGUCCUUUUUCUAUUAGUCGAUUUGAAAGAUGCUAAACAAAAUCAAGAUAUUUUUGAUGUAAUUUUACAUCAGAAUUUCCACGAAUACGAUAGAAUACCAAAAGAAACAAUAAAGCAUUUCCUUCUUAGAAGUAAAGAAUUUAAGACAUUUCUACUAUUCGAUGGAUUCGAUUAUUCUAGCAGUAGCUACUUUAAAAAUCUUAUUUUUAGUAAUAAAUUAGAUAUUCCAAUGUUUAUUUGGAGUAGAGAAAUACAAUUUCAAAAGCUUGAUAUUCUUUGUGAUGUUAUUGUUCAAAUUGAAGGAUUGGAAAAACGUCAAAUUUGUCAACUCUACACUUGUUUAGUAAGUGAAACUGCAGCUUAUUCUAUUGUAGAAUUCUUAGAAAAGCAACGACCAAAAACACUUCGACUAAGUUCAAUUCCACUGAUUGCGUUAGUCGUUCUUAUCUUAAUAAGAAUUGAAGAGAAACUGUUAAACAAGGAUUUCUUCCCAGUUCUAAAUGGAAUUUUGGCGAAGAAAGUUGAUUAUAAUCCCGAUUUUACUUACAAUCAAUUAGCAGAAACUCUAUUAGAAAUUAUUUAUUUCGAAAGUCUGGAUCUCAGUCAAAUUGAACUUGGUAAUAGUGGUUUAACAAACCUUUCAUCUUCCCUUUCUAUAUCACCGUAUAUUAUUCGAGUUUUAAACUUUUCUGAUUGUGCUCUUGAAGAGGCAGCAAUGGAUGCUUUUAAGGAUAUACUUAAGCAUUUUUCACAUCUAGAAGAGCUUAAUUUAGGUUGGAAUAACAUAGGUGUAGUAGGUAUGAAAAAGGUUUCUCCAGCACUUUUAGACGUCAGAUCAACAUUAAAGAUUUUCAAAAUAUGCUCUAGUCAAAUAGAGAAAUUUGGAGUGCAGUAUUUUGUAGAGAGUUUUGUCGAACUAAAUAGUCUAAAUAUGUUGGACUUUUCAUGGAAUAAAAUAGAAGACUAUGGCCUAAAUUUAAUUUCAUCGUCAAUUAAUAAAAAUCAUUAUCAUUUGAAAAGUCUUAAGUUAUGGAAAUGCAAUAUUUCUUCUAAAGGAAUGUUAAACUUGUCAAAAGCACUAAACUAUCUAAGAUAUCUUAAUGAAAUUGAUCUUAGCUGGAACGAUAUUGGAGACACUGGAUUACAAUUUUUUCAUGACUAUUUUUACAUUGAUAAGACUAAAUUAAUGAUCUUAAAAUUGACCAAUUGCGGUUUCUCUGAUGAAGGAGCAAAACUUUUAUCUCAAGCGUUACUUAAAACAAUUUUCCUCGAAGAGCUACAAAUUAAUCGAAACAAGAUUGAAGAUAGCGGAAUUAAGUCGUUAGCCUUCUCUUUAAGAAUGACUAACCAUAGGUUAAAAAUUCUAAAUAUUUCCAGUUGUCAUUUUGGAGUUAAAGGUUCUAUUGAAUUGUCUAAAUCGCUUCACUUUCUAAAGGAUUUGGAGGAAUUAUACUUGGGAUGGAAUAAAAUUGAGGAUACAGGGCUUAAAUAUAUUUUGGAGCAUUUAUUUGCUAAAAAAUUAAAGAUACUCAAUUUGAAAGACAGCUGUUUAAGGGAAACAGGAGGAUUAUAUCUUGGUGAAUAUUUCGCUACAAAUAACAAAUUAGAGGAGUUGUAUUUAGAAAAUAAUGAAUUAGGUGAAAAAGGAAUAAACCUAUUCUGUCAAUCGCUAAAGGAAUCAACAGUUUACCUGAAAAAUUUCAACUUGGCCAAGUGCUUUAUCACACCGAAGGCUGUCGAUGCAUUAAGCAAAAAAAUGAUAAAUUUUAAAUACUUGGAAAACUUUGAUUUAGGUUUUAAUGAUUUCGGCCCAGAAGCACUGAACAGUCUUAUUACUUUGUUAAAAAGUUUAAAUACUAAAUUAAAGGUUUUAAAACUAAACAGCUGCAAUAUGAACGAUCGUAUAAAGGAUUUAUCUUAUCAUGUUUGUGAACUAUAUUACUGA